AUGGAGCAACUGGAUUCAUUGGGCUUCCUCAUCAUCACAUUAAACUGCAAUGUAACCAUCAUGGGGAAGAUCUGGCUAAUUUUCAUGAUCCUGCUGAGAAUGGUGGUGAUCACCCUGGCAGGAUCCCCUGUCUAUCACGACGAGCAGGACAGGUUUGUAUGCAAUACUCUGCAGCCGGGAUGUGCCAACGUCUGCUAUGACAUCUUCUCCCCCGUAUCCCACUUACGCUUCUGGCUGCUGCAGAGCGUGUCUACCCUGCUCCCUUCCACCGUGUUCAUCGCUUACGUGUUGCACCAAGGGGCUGUGCUGGUGGCCUGUGGACCUCGUGGGAUAGCGACUGGUACCAGGGACCAGGGCCCCUCUCACUUGACUUCAGGGGACUGGUGCUGCCCCCUGACCCGAGUGGAGCAUGGACUCCAGACAGUCCCAGACUUCACCUGGGGUUACAUUGCUCAUCUCUUGCUGCGGAUCCUACUGGAAGUCACCUUCGGUGCCUUGCACUACCUCUUCUUUGGAUUCUUGGUGCCAGAGAGAUUCUCAUGCAAGCACUCCCCUUGCACUGGCGUGGUGGACUGCUAUGUGUCCCGGCCCACGGAGAAGUCCAUCUUGAUGCUGUUUAUGUGGACAGUCAGUGCGCUCUCGCUGCUGCUCAGCCUCCUUGAUCUCAUCUGCAGCCUGCAACGCAGGUUGAGCCGGAGGUCCGCACUCAGGGCCCCCCCAACUAGGAAGGCCAUCAUCCAGGACUGCUGGGAGGGCCCCACCGAGGUGCCCGCUCACCCCAGCAGCUCCUGGAGAGAGGCCCAGGGCGCUGAAAGCCCCAGUGGUAAAUCUGCUGCUUCGGGACGGAUGGAGCUGCCGGAUGAGUUGGAGAGUGAGGCGAUGUCUUUGGGCAGCAACAAGCUGGCAGGGCCUGGCAAAGAUGGCCAGUGCAGGCCCCAGGGAGAAGCUGCCCAAGAUGGGCUGCAGGCCUCAGCCCCGCGCAGCAGGUUGGUGGCCCAGUACUCUCCAAGCACUCAGCGGCCACUCCCGGAGAGGUCAGGCAGCUCCCUGAGUGCUCCUCACUUGAGAACUAGGAAGUCUGAGUGGGUUUAA